AUGUCUCAAGAUGACUUAAAUUACUUAAUGGCGUCAGGGAAAGGUUCUAACUGUUCUUUCUGGAAGUAUGACGAUAUAACGCGAUGUACCCGAGACAGACUAGAUUCAGUUUACCCACUGGUUCUUGGCAUAGUGUCAAUAGCUAUUUUGGUGGUCAAAAGUAUUCUGUCGUGGAGGCGUCACAAAAAAAACAAAAGCAUUGAGUUGAAAGGUGAAAACAGACCCUUAUUGGCAGUAUCUGAUGUUUAUGGCUCAAUUAAUCUGGAGAAUGGGCUGAUCAAUAAAAGUGGGGGAUUGCAGGAGUCUAUUAAGGAUAGACAUUUUGACUUAAAAAGAUUGUCCGACACUAAUGAAGACGGUACCCCAUAUGGCAUUGUUCAGGAGGUAUACAAGAGUAUGGGUGACCGGGUGAGGGUAGUUUUUGAAUUUUUAUUGGUAUUAGUUGAAUUUGGAAUGGCUGUAUCUGCUUGGUUCAUCAAAAGUUUUCAAAAAGAAUAUUCUCAUACUCCUAUUCUAUUGAUAAGGACCGUUUUUUGGGGGUAUUUACUUUUUCUUGUCUCAUCCAGGUUAAUCAAUUUGACAAAGGUUAAGAUUCGUUUACCUAGUUUGUGGGUUCAUUCAACUUUCCUUUAUUUUUUUAACUUUUUUCCUGCAUUAUUGACAUUUAGGUCAACUUUAAUUGACCAUGUUCCAAACGAAACUAUCAGGUUAUUUUACCAAAUCCAUUUUGCUAUCUCCCUUACUUUAUUGUUGCUAAAUUUUACUGCUAAAGUUGGAGACAAACCUUCAAAGUUAUAUGUAACGAGCGAUGGGGCGACUCCAUCACCUGAAAAUAUAUCCAGUAUUCUUUCAUUCAUUACGUAUUCUUGGAUAGAUAAAAUGGUGAGGAAAGCCUACAAAGCACCUUUGACAAAAGAUGAUAUUUGGGGUUUACGCCAAGACGAUUAUGCCUUAUCCAUCUUGAAAUCUUUUGAAGCUGGGAAGAGUGCCUCAAAAUUCACGUUUAGAUUGUUUUCACAUUUCAAGUAUUUGCUUGCCAUUCAAGCUUUUUGGGCUGCUUUAGAUUCGUGUUUGGUUUUCGCUCCGAGCUUGCUACUUAAGAAGAUUUUAGAGUUUGUUGAAAAUCCUAAUUCAAUCCCUGUGAAUUUAGCUUGGACCCUAGUUAUUAUGAUGCCUAUGUUUAAAUUAGUCGACUCGAUUUCUUCUGGUUGUUCCUUAUUUAUUGGUAGAAGAGUUUGUAUCAGGAUGAAAGCCAUUAUCAUCGGUGAAGUGUAUGCAAAAGCAUUGAGAAGAAAAGUGACGACUCAAUCAGAUGACAAGCCGGAGGAAGAUGAAGAAUAUGAGGGUAAAGUUAUAAGUGAGAAUAAAGAAGAACCGAAGCAUGAGUCAAAAGAAUUAGGUGCAAUUAUCAAUUUGAUGGCAAUCGAUGCAUUCAAAGUUUCAGAGAUUUGUGGUUACUUGCAUUACUUUGUGAGCUCAUUCUUGAUGAUUUUUAUUUGUAUUGUUUUGCUAUAUAAGUUAUUGGGUAUUAGUGCCAUCAUUGGUGCUAUUGCAAUUGUGCUUUUGUUUCCAAUUAAUUUCAAACUUGCGAACUUGAUAUCUCAUUUUCAGAAAGACAUGCUUGCUGUCACUGAUAAAAGAAUUCAAAAAUUAAACGAAACGUUCCAAAGCAUUAGAAUCAUCAAAUUUUUUGCUUGGGAGGAAAAAUUCCUUGAAAUCAUAAUGAAAAUUAGGAAUGAUGAGUUAUACAUUUUGAAGCUUUCUACUUUGGUCUGGUGUUGUGCAGCGUUUGUCUGGUUUAUAACACCCACUUUAAUCACUUUGAUUUCGUUCUAUUACUUUACAAUAGUUGAAGGACACACGUUGACUGCUCCAAUUGCUUUUACUGCUCUUUCUUUGUUUACUUUGUUGAGAGCACCAUUGGAUCAGUUGUCUGAUAUGACUUCCUUCGUCAUACAAUCAAAAGUCUCUUUGGAUAGAAUUGGUGAAUUCUUAGAUGAAGAUGAAACUUACAAAUAUGAUCAAUUGAGUGGGCCACGCGAUGCAAACUCGCCUUAUAUUGGAUUCGAGGGUGCCUCAUUCUCUUGGAAUUCAAAAUCCAGCAAUGACUUCAAAUUGAGAGAUUUGAAUGUAGAAUUCAAAUCUGGUAAGUUGAAUGUUAUCAUUGGCGCCACUGGCUCAGGUAAAACAUCAUUAUUGAUGGCGUUGUUAGGUGAAAUGGAAUUAUUGGAAGGAAAGGUUUUCUUGCCUGGUAUAAUUCCAAGAGAUGAGUUGGUAAUUGAUCCCCAGACUGGACUUACGGAAUCCGUUGCAUAUUGCUCACAAACGCCUUGGUUGUUAAAUGACACUAUCAGAAACAACAUAUUGUUUUUCUCUCCAUUUAAUCAAGAACGAUACGAUAAGGUUGUGGAAGCUUGUGCUCUACUGCGUGAUUUCGAAAUCUUGAGCGGCGGUGAUUCCACUGAGAUUGGUGAAAAGGGCAUCACUUUAUCAGGAGGUCAAAAACAGAGAGUUUCAUUAGCCAGAGCAAUUUACUCUAAUUCCAAACAUGUUUUAUUGGAUGACUGUUUGUCAGCAGUUGAUUCUCAUACUGCUUCGUGGAUUUACGAGAAUUGUAUUAGCGCGCCUAUAAUGCAAGGCAGGACAUGUAUUUUGGUCUCUCACAAUGUUGCUUUGACAGUCCAAAGUGCUGAGUGGGUAAUUUCGAUGCACAAUGGUAGAAUUAAGAACCAAGGAACUCCGGAGGAUCUUUUGAAAGCUGGUGAUUUGGGAGAUGAUGAUUUAGUAAAGUCCUCUGUCAUCAAUUCUCGUACGCAAUCGUCUUCUAACUUGGAAUCUUUAGAUAACAAAAAUGCUGAUCUCAAAGCUAAGGCAGCUGUCAUUGAUGCAAAAUUGAAGGCCAUUAAAGAUAAUGCUGAAUCUAAUGAUCCAGAACCGAUUAUCAAAACUGACGGUAAAUUAGUCGAGGAAGAGGGAAAAGCAAGUGGCGUUGUGGGUAAAAAGGUGUACCUUGGAUAUGCUAAGGAUCUUGGUGGUGUCUGGGCUUUAAUAGGUAUAAUAUUUGCAUGUUGCGUUGCUCAGUUCGUUUUCAUGUUCCAGUCAUGGUGGUUGAGAUAUUGGACUUUGCAGAAUGAAAAGUUGGUUGAACGUUAUGUAUCCCAAAACUUCAUAAAUACUUUAUCGAAUAUUUAUGAUGGGACUAACAUUAAACAGUUGCCUAUAACAAGAAUGUUUACCGGUGCUUCUAAUUUGAUAUCAUUUAGUAUUGAUUAUAUUGGAGAGGCAAAGAGUAAACAUACUACGUUGUACUACAUAAUAAUUUAUGCUCUCAUCGGAUUUGGAUUUGCUAUUCUUGCUUGCCUUAGGCAUUUUAUCACUUUUCUUGCAGGCUUAAGGGCAUCCAAUAUCAUUUUCAGACGAGUUUUGAAGAAUGUUUUAGGUGCGAAAUUGAGGUUUUUUGAUAAGACUCCACAGGGCCGUAUAAUGAAUAGAUUUUCGAAAGAUAUCGAGUCUGUGGAUCAAGAGCUUACUCCAUUUGCAAGUGGCGUUUCCGAUUGUGUAAUCCAGUGUAUUUCAAUUUUAAUUUUGAUUGCUGCAAUUACACCAGGCUUCUUGUUUUUCGCUUUUAUAAUUGCGUUUAUGUACUACUUUGUUGGUAUAUACUACCUUUCGCUUUCGAGAGAGUUAAAGAGGUAUGAAUCAAUCACCAAGUCACCUAUCCAUCAACAUUUUUCGGAGUCAUUACAUGGUGUAUCUACAAUUCGUGCAUAUGGUGUCGAAUCUAGGUUUAUGAGACAGAAUCUAACUGCCAUCAACAACAAUAAUCGUCCUUUCUUUUACUUAUGGGUAUCGAAUAGAUGGUUAUCGUUCCGUGUAGAUGCUGUUGGUUCUUUGGUGAUGUUUUUUGCUGGUAUAUUUGUUUUGCUCUCAGUUGGAAAGAUAGAUGCUGGUUUGGCAGGGCUUUCGUUGUCAUAUGCGAUAGCAUUCUCAGAGGCUGCGUUAUGGAUUGUGCGUCUUUAUGCAAACGUAGAAAUGAACAUGAACUCUGUGGAAAGGUUACAGGAGUAUUUCGAGAUUGAGCAAGAACCUCCAUAUGAAAUACCAGAAACUAAACCUCGAGCUUCCUGGCCCGACAGAGGCGAAAUUAUUGUUAAAGACGUUUCUUUGCGCUACUCACCAGAAUUACCAAGAGUUAUUAAGAAUGUAUCUUUUGACGUGGAACCAAAUAAUAAGAUCGGAAUUGUGGGACGUACGGGUGCUGGUAAGUCUACUAUCAUCACCGCGUUCUUUAGGUUUUUGGACCCAGAGACUGGAUCAAUUUUGAUUGAUGGGGUUGAUAUCACCAAGAUUGGUUUAAGAGACUUGCGUCAAGGUAUUACUAUUAUCCCUCAAGAUCCAACCUUGUUUCUGGGAACAAUUAGGUCGAAUCUUGAUCCCUUUGGACAAUACAACGACGAGCAGAUGUUCAAAGCCUUAAGGAGGGUCAAUUUGAUUAAUGAUGAUCAAAUCGAAGAAGGUGAAAAUCAAAAUGUCUUUAUGAAUCUUGAUUCAAAAAUAGCCGAGGGUGGAGGAAACUUGUCACAAGGUGAAAGGCAGUUGGUAUGUUUGAGUCGCUCUCUACUUAAGAACCCAAAGGUGAUGUUACUUGAUGAGGCAACUAGUUCAAUUGACUAUAAGUCGGACUCUAUAAUUCAGCAAACAAUCAGAGAGGAGUUUUCUAAUUCUACUAUUUUAACGAUCGCUCACAGAUUAAGGACUAUCAUUGAUUAUGACAAGAUUUUGGUCAUGGAUGCUGGAAGAGUAGUUGAAUAUGAUAAUCCUUACGUAUUAAUUUCGGACAAAAAGUCAUUAUUCUACAGCAUGUGUGUAAACAGCGGAGAAUUGGAUUCAUUGGUUAAGUUGGCGAAAGAGGCCUUCGUCAAAAAGAAAAACCAAAAGAGUUGA